CUCAUCUCAAGAACAAUAGGAGAAGGCUCGAAUGAUCUUCGCGCCACCUCUAUCUCAUCCCCAAGAAUUUCAUCAACUCUCAUCAUCAACAUGCAGCAUCUUCACUGUUUUUGUUGUUCUAGGGAAGUACUUACCUCUUUUUUCGUCUAACGAAGAAAAGAAGGAAGACAGCUUGCGAACUAACUUCUUCGAUUGGGGACACUACUACUACUACCACAGGUCUGCCUGAUCGUUACUCAUCAACAUCACGAACAUCAUUUUUACAUCAAGAAGAUGGUUCUUUGUGCACCACUGGCUGCUUGCUUUUUAGCAAGUUCCAGCGCGGAUUCUUCCUGCUGUGAUGAAGGAGCACUUGAGGGAGCACCAUUCGUGAAAGUAUCCUUCAACCCGAGCUUUGAUAAUUACGGCAGCGGUGGUCAAUUAUUAUAUUCAGUUUAUUCCAAAUACAGUCGUGCAGCAGUGUGCACGUUGUGUGCUAUUAUCUCGUAUGGUGCAGUCGCUGCGUAGCUUCGUUCGUAUGUACUGUUACCGAAACCUAACCUGUGCACUUUGUUCUUAAUUAUUACUAAGUGAUCCUCUGGCUUUAUUUUUUAGUUCAGGAGCAAAGUGCUCCCUAGGAACUAUCCAUCCUUCACGUUCACCUUCACAUUGAAUAAAUGAUCCGAUCUUGGUAGGUACUGCUCUUUUUUACCCAAGAAUAUAGAUCUUGGCACUCGUUUCCGGUACUAGAGGAGAACAAGGAGUACUCCCAUACUACUAGAAGAAAAUAACAAGGUAUGGGCGUCUGCUUUUUUGGUACUUUUUUCAUCGCAGAAAAAUAUUAGAAUGCUACUUACUACACGGGAUGAAAAAGUAGCAGAGGCUAAUAGUAUACGUACUAGAAGAUCUUGGUACUCUCUUCAUCGCAUACCGUACCUAGAACUUGGUGCUGACUACUCUUAAAUUCUAUUCAUCCCAUGACCGCUCCGCAUGCCAUAGAAUUAGAAUAUACAUAGAAUUAGAAGAUGAAGAGGCUUGAUCACCCACAAAUAAUCAUCAUAGCCUCUUCAUCCAUACAUAGAAUUCAAAAAAAAUCUACCAAUUAGAACAACUACCCGCCCUUGCCAGGCACAUCAAUCCAUGAGUCAAGCAAUGCCUGACUAGACUACUUGACGUUACAACUACUUCUUCCAACAACGACCUCAUGCCAGGCACAUCAAUCAAUCAAUCAAUCAAUCACAGGGGAUGCUGAAAAGUUUAAGCUGCUCUAGACUCUAAUAUAAGGUGAUCUCACCAGGGAGCUGGGACCUGCAGUAUGGAACCAUUAAGGCUGAUGUAUGUAGUUUCGUCUUCAAUCGUAAAUCCUUCUGAAACUAACAGAGCGCAGACACUUGCAUACUCCUCUCCCAAAUUCUUUCUUCCUCUCCCAAAUUCUUGUUCCUCUAGAAGAAGCUAGAGCUUUUUAUAAGAAGCUAGAGUUAAUACUUUCUAGAAACUCACCUGAAGUAGGAUCCCACUAGUUCUUGACUUCCUUGAAGUAGGAUACUCCUAGUUCUUGACUUCCUUGAAGUAGGAUCCUAGCGCUAGUUCUUGACUUCCUUGAAGUAGGAUCAUACUAGCACUUGAAGUAGGAUCCGAUUACUUGUUUUACUAGAAGUCUUCUAGAAUCUACUAACAGAAUUUUCCUCAACAUCAAGUAGUUCCCUCAUCUAAAAAAUGUGCGGACUUUGGGAAAAAUCACGCGGCGAAGCUCUUUGACUCAAAAAAGCCCGAGAAGGCCAAACGGAAACCAUUCAAUUAUGGCUAGUAUAUUAGAACUAGACGAGGUGAAGUACUAGCUUUUUACGUUGUGAUACCUAGCUACUCGUAAAAUAUGUAGACAGGUCUUUUAUAGGACUAAGAAAACGCGUGAGGCGGCAGGGUCGCGCGCGAACAUAAUAAUAAUAAUAAUAAUAACUAUCCUGAUUUGAUUUGAUUCAGACCUCUACUCCUAUUUCGAUUUCCACCAUGAUUAUAUUCUUUUUCCGAGGUAGUUGAGGUAGAAGGUGUCACGACUUCAUCUACAACAUUAAAACUUCUAGAUGAAGUACUAGUGAAAGAAGAUGGCGUUUGAUAACUGUCUCGUCGACCCAAUACCCAGAGCCUAACAAGGAACUACAACUAGGUUGUGUCGACCUAGUUUCUUAGGCUUUGGUCUCAAAACUGAUUUGGCAGGUCACUCACUCCACUGCAUUACAAGAACAGCAUACUUUUUGGGUGUGAAAAGUGUUGAAGAAGGGAUCUCCCGGACAAGAAGAGGAUCUCCCGGACAAGAAGAGCACAGAUUUGGAGGGGGCUGAAGCUUCUAAUGCUUAAGGCGAAGAGCAUCAAUAAUUUGACUUUACUAUGAUGUGCGGAGGCGGACUUAAUAUUUAUUUGACUGAUGUCCUCGGCCUCGCUACAUUCUUACUCCUUCGAAAUACUGAUCUUAGAAAGUCCUAGGUCCAUCUCAGAUUUGAGGCACUCUUGACAGUUUCUCUGACUUAAAAAUCCUAAUUAAUAGUAAUUUCUGUGUCCUGUAUCUACAACAAGUCAGCCUCCUGCUCUAUAGUACUUUGAUGUGCCAGAUUUAGUGCGGUCUUCUGAAAGUUCUUGAAGUUUAGGCCCUCUGCGCGAUCCUUUGGUCUUCCUCGGUUCCCGAGAAGACCUCCUGUUCAUCAUCACUUUUUAGGUGGGCUACUUAUAAUCAUGUGGAUAUGUGAUGAAGAAAAAGCUCUUAUUUUUCCCUAGAAGUAGUCGUUACUCAUAGGAGUGUUAGUAAUGUGUGUAGACAUUUUUUACAAGUUAUAUACCAAUGAUUCUUGUUCGUAGUUCCUUGAUGUGCUGCAUGUGCUAUCUUCUUCUAGAAUUAUAUCAUAGACAUUGUUCGCCUCUAAAAGAGAAGGAGUUUUCCGUUAUUUUAGUUAGAAUCCAUUAUGGAUGACGCCGAAAUAUCCAUUAUCGAUGACUCAAAAAAAUAAAACACCAUCUUCUUGGACAAGAUCACGAAACAACAACCCCUAACCAACCCUAUAGUGAAUGCUUCCACUCAUUGAGAGCGUCGAUAUGGGAAUGUCGUCCCCCCUUGGCCUUCUCACUUGGGAACGGCGUUUCCACGUCUUCGCUCUCCUUGAGAAGUGGCGCCAAACAUGUGAGCUAAUCGGAAUUUCAAUCCUGUUGCUGUUGCUCUCGUCAGGAUCCAAAAACAAGGAAAGAAGAAAUACUGCAGCAAUCUAGGAAAAGGACGAUCCCCAUCUCUACACUGUCAACUCCUACCCUAUCCCCCCCUUCUAGAAAAGUACAGUUUCAAAAGAAUCCUCCUGAUGUUGUCGCGUCAUGAUAAUGGAACUCUCUCUCCAUUCUCUUCACCUUCUUCUAACUCAGAAGGAAAACAUUAUCGACGAUACUGAUGACGACGCAUAUUUGAGGAAUCGAUGGGCUUAUGCUACUAUGGAGCACGCCUGUCUCGAAUUCACAGAUCAAGUGAAACUGGUACUAUUUUUUUAACCACUAAGAAACCGUGGUAUCUGUAGUUUACUAAACUAGAAUUACUUUAGACUAUCUAAGAUAGUCUAUCUUCACAGGAGGUGACGCUUGUACUAUUUUUUUAACUAGUACUAUAGUGCUUACUUUACUAUCACAGGAGACCACGUGAGUGUAAAGUAAGCUGAUACAACGAUUAAGAGCUGUAGUUUUUUUCACCACGAAGUGAGCGUGAAGCCGUGGCACAUUGUACAACUUGCUUCUUCUAUUAAGAAGUAGAUAAUAUAACUUCUUCUAUAAUUGAGAACUGCUUCUAUAACUUCUUCUAUUAAGAAUCUUCAAUUAGCAUAAUAAAUAUAAAAGUGCACUACUAUUGUACUAUUCUUGUUUUCUUCUUUUAUUGAUGGUUUCUACAGGACAACGACAAUCCACUACUAUUGUACUAUUCUUGUAGUUUUCUAUUGAUUUAUAACUUUCCUAUCUUAUCCUAUCUUAUCCCCUAUCUUAUCCCCUAUCUUAUCCCCUAUCUUAUCCCCUAUCUUAUCCCCUAUCUUAUCCCCUAUCUUAUCCCCUAUCUUAUCCCCUAUCUUAUCCCCUAUCUUAUCCCCUAUCUUAUCCCCUAUCUUAUCCCCUAUCUUAUCCCCUAUCUUAUCCUAUCCUACCCUGUCUUAUCCCCUAUCUUAUCCUAUCUGCAGGACAAUCCAAGAUUGGCCGCGUUGGGAAGGGGAAAGAAAAACUUGCGCGGCGGGGAAGGGGCAGUGGAACGUACUUACGGAGGCCAAACACACUCGUCAAGAACAGAUGCCAGCAACAGUUGUCUUAAAUUGUUCAACAUUUUCCUCUAAUUAUGGCUAGAAGAAAUCCAUCUUUUCGUUAGCCAGCAUCUUCGGCCCGUUUUCUAAAGGGAAAGGGUCACCAAUAUGCUCUACAAGAUGGAUUUCUUCUAGCUCAAAUCUAAGUAGCAUCGCGAUCGUUUUCCUUCACGAUCAUUUUCCUUCACUUCAUCCACCUGCUCCUGAACCCGAUCAUGCCCUUCGCGAUCAUUUUCCUUCACUUCAUCAUCCACCUGCUCCUGAAUCCGAUCAUGCCCUUCGCGAUCAUUUUCCUUCAUUUCAUCCACCUGCUCCUGAACAUUAUAGAUCUUUCCUUACCUCAGUCUUUCCUUUGCACCUCAAAAUGAGAAGUAUGUAGGUACGACAGCAAUCAAAAGCUUCCCUGUUACACUUAUACCUCAAGAGCAUGAGUAGGUUGUACAUCUUCAAUCAUUUUCUUCUAAUGUUGCGUCGGAUUUUACCGUGGCGAAUACAAGGGUAAACUGGGAACACUAAAGCGCGGCGGGAAGUGGGCGAUCGGAGGCCUGGGGCAAGUGGGUAAAGUUGGAGCGUUCGUUCUCGGAUUAAGGCCGCUAACAUUGAUUAAGUUAGUAUGUCCUAUCGCGACUUGUCUGUUUGCAACAGAAAGCUAUCACUUGCUAUAAGUUGACUGAUGAUCUUACUGUUAUUCUGUGAAGCUUUCACAGGCCACCAGGUAUCCGAACAAACCUAAGCUAACCUAUAAGCCUAACCAUUCAGUAGGUACUAGCCUGAUAUAGCUGAUGCUCAGCAAGGGAUCUACCUCGUCCCCAACAAGGAAACGUGGCUUCGUGCUUUUAUCAAUAUCUUCUGGAGUGGGUACAUUCAUUCAUUCAUUCAUUCAUUCUGAUAUUAGAUUCUCAUUCUUUUCUAAUUUCCCAGGCUGCGAACGUUGCAUUUGGCAGUGCAGUUCCCUUACGGCACCACGCACUGAGUCUUGAGGCACAUUCACUUCUCAUUCAUUUUUCACUGGGCUGAGAGCUUCUUUCUCAACUGGAGAAAGAACAAAGCUUCUGCCAAGGAUGGUGGUCUCACAACAUCAAGAUAACCCAUGCUGUGCCUCCUGUCGGCACAGGUUCUAAGCUUUCUACUAGAUAAUUAUUGUUAUUGAUCCCGAACAGCAACAGAUCUUCUUCACCAUCAUCUAGUACUUCAAGUAGCCGUUGGUGAUGAAGAACAUGCUGGCGUCACAUCUUGACCAUCUACUUCUUGACCAUAGCAGGGCUCUUUGUUGUAGUUUCAUCUCGUCUCCAUUGUUUUCUGCAUUAAUCCUUGUCUCCAAGGUUGAUAAAAAAAGGAAAGUAAAGAAGUGAAAAAAUUAGAACUAACUGCACAAGCACUGUAAUUUUCCAUCCUUUCGGGAACAGCCUAGCCCACACGAGGCCCGGGCUGUGUUCUACAUCUUCUACCCCUGUUAUAAUAGAUAAAAGAUGCCCCAGGCAGCGACCCUCCAAACAAAGCAGGAUAGCUCGUCUAAUGCAGGCUUUCGUGAUCAAUGGCCUUAUCCUUGCGCUCUCCAUCGCGACAAAUAAGUAUCUCGGCCGUGUUGUAACCCUCACAACUGAUGUUACGGCACCUCAUUCACCGAAUUCAUUGUACUUGUUGCAUAGUACUAGUAGGUAGUAACUUCUACUACAAGUACAACUAGUAGAGAUGAUAGAGAUAAAAGAGCAGUAGACGAAGAUGAUGCAUUGACCUAACCUAACCUCUCCUUCACCUAACCCUUCAUCUUCUAGAUGCGCAUGCGACUGUGCAAAUCUCUCGAUCAUGUGCCUUCUUGGACUUUCUCCUGUACCACUUGUUCUCUGUUACAUUUUUUUUUUUAGAUUUAUAGACAUAGUACUAGUAUUAUGUAGAAGUGCGUUUUCUAGUGUAUUUUUAUAAAUAUUUAUACUUCUUUCAAUCGUCCACUGCAGCUUCUACGUCCUAGAAAGCUCUUUCUUUCCCAAGGCUUCAGAGCUUCUUUUUCCAGUGUUGUAGCCUGCUACUAUGUAGCUUUUUUAGAUUGUGCUAUGUCGCUUCUUUCCACUGUACCAUAUUUAUAGCUUCUUUCCACUAUCAUUAUAUAGCUAAACUCUCUCUAGACUCGUCUAUUUCUAGACUUGUCUACUUAUUUCAUUCCGUAAGUAUUAAAACUCUUUUGCUACUAGAAGAUUUAGUACUAAUUAUAAAUAUACUCGUCCUUCCAGCCAUUACAAUCAAUCUCGUCUAAGAUUCCGUUCAGGUGGAAGGAGGCUGGAGCUCCGUGUAAGAGCGAUAACGGCCGUGCAAAGAAGUACGGCAGGAAAGCCGCAGCACUUCUCAGUUCCGGCACCUGUCAGCCAUACACGUUGUUAAGGCUCAAAAAUAGUGCGACAAGAUGCGCUACAUUUUUAUGUACCAGUAGAUUUACAUUCACACGUAGACGUACAUUGUUUAGAAGACAUUCACACGCAGACGUACAUUCUUUUGAUGAAUUACUAACACAGUACACAUUAAUUAGUUAAUAACUACUGAUGUAUGGAGUUAACAUAAUGUAGCGCACAAAUAAGUUGUGUAAAGUCAGUUAUAGUCAUGUACGGGGGUCUUACUCGCCCCAGGGUGGUUGUUUAAUUGAGUGAUAAACCGUUUAACCAGGUACUUAAAAAAGUGAGGGGGAAGAAGCAUCAACAGUAGCUAUACUGGGGGGACGAAGCAUUGUCCCCAUUCAUGAUAGGAUAUGAUCUCUAGAACAGGUGAAUGAAUGAAUGAAUGAAUGAAUGAGUGAAGGAGUCGCGUCAUCGUCUAACCUGAGUCACAGACGCAGAAGCACCAAAGGGAGCUCAGCAAGCUCCUCAGGAUGUUAAGGCUCCUUUCCCUAAUCCGUCUCAUCUGCAGGAUAUGAGAUUGUAUCCAUCAUCUCCACAUCAUAUCCAUGCGGGUCCCAAUUAUAGAAAGAAGGGGAAUACUGGUGUCUGAAGAAACAUAAGUGCAAACGCGUUUAUUGUUCCACCGGCGGGAUUAUUUCCAGAGAAGAUCAAGUGAAACUGGUUCCGUAGUAGCAUAAGCCCAUCGAUUCCACAGAGGUCUAAGGAUCCCCAGGCUGAGGAUGGUGACCGAGCUGCAGGACCCAAGCAGUACAUGGUCAUGCAUUGCGUUAUUGGAGUUAAGGACUCAUCUCUAUUACUAUCGUCUGAGAGCAGGCGUGCCUUUUGCCACCUUUGCCACCGUGUAACUAUAUGACCACCUUCUGUUCUUUUCAAGGGUAUCAUAUGAGCUUUUUUUUUCAAGGGUCAGGC